AAGCACGUCAAGUUUAGUUCUCUAUACACAAGUCUCUCUUCUCCAUUUUAAGAGCUUCAAAAACGUUUGUCUUUUUUGAUCAUUGAAUAGUAUUUAUUGAAAGAAAGAGAGAGAGAGAGAAUAAUGGUGACAGCUCCAAGAGUAGAGAGCUUAGCAAGCAGUGGGAUUCAAUCCAUCCCAAAAGAGUAUGUGAGACCAGAAGAGGAGUUAAAGAACAUAGGCAACGUUUUCGAGGAGGAGAAGAAAGUUGAGGGGCCUCAAGUACCGACCAUUGAUUUAAAGGCCGUAAAUUCUGAUGACCCUGCUGUGAGGGAGAAAUGCAGAGAGGAGUUGAAGAGGGCUGCGGCGGAGUGGGGUGUCAUGCACCUCGUCAACCAUGGCAUCCCCGACGAGCUCAUCAAUCGAGUCAAGAAAGCCGGGCAGACCUUCUUCAGUCUUCCCGUUGAAGAGAAGGAAAAGUAUGCUAAUGACCAGGCCUCUACGAAGAUCCAGGGCUAUGGUAGCAAGCUUGCUAACAACGCUAGUGGCCAGCUCGAGUGGGAAGACUACUUCUUUCACCUUGUUUAUCCUGAGGACAAGCGUGACUUGUCCAUCUGGCCCAAGACACCAGCUGAUUAUAUUGAGGCAACAAGCGAGUAUGCAAGGCUACUAAGAGGACUAACAACCACCAUAUUGUCAGUACUAUCUCUAGGGUUGGGAUUGGAAGAAGAUAGGCUAGAGAAGGAAGUUGGAGGCGUAGAAGAGCUUCUCCUCCAAAUGAAGAUCAACUACUACCCAAAAUGCCCUCAGCCAGAGCUGGCCCUCGGCGUGGAAGCCCAUACCGACGUCAGCGCCCUCACCUUCCUCCUCCACAACAUGGUCCCAGGGCUGCAGCUGUUCUACGAAGGGAAUUGGGUGACAGCCAAGUGUGUCCCCAACUCCAUCAUCAUGCACAUUGGUGACACCAUUGAGAUUUUGAGCAAUGGCAAGUACAAGAGCAUCCUUCACAGGAGUUUGGUCAACAAGGAGAAGGUUAGGGUUUCCUGGGCUGUUUUCUGUGAGCCACCUAAGGAAAAGAUCAUCCUCAAGCCGCUGCCGGAAGUCAUCUCUGAGGCGGAGCCACCACUCUUCCCUCCACGUACUUUUGCUCAGCAUAUUGAGCACAAGUUGUUUAGGAAGACUCAAGAGCUUAAUGGUUCCAAAUAAUCAUAAUCGAUUCAUCAUCAGUAUAUUGAGUCUUGCUACUAGUUUGGAUUAAAAAGAAUUUUUAUAUUGUCAUGUUUUCUGCUUCAUGCCCUGGCUGUUUAAUGAGACCUUAUUGUUAUAAUAAGUCUCUGUUUGUUACUUGUAUCCUUUGCCUUCAAUAAUAAAUAAAUUGUGUUUGAUUUUA